UGGUGUUUAUUUCUUCAACAGGUUUUUAUUGCUGCACACGAUUUGUUAUUCAUGCUUGUGCGAUCUUCAGCACAGAUAUAUGAAGAUGAUGAAAUAGAAGCCUGAGUGCUGGAUUCAGCCUGACAACCUGCUGAAGGUUCAGUGUGACCAGGAACUCAAACUGAUUCAACUAUCAGGUCGUUACACAUGUCAAAUGUUAUGCGGUGCACAACAAAGCAGACAAACUGCAGCCUCAUCAUGAGACUCUGACCCUGGAAACACAACAUGGAUGCUGGAAAAUCUGGGAUGCUCUGCUGGAUUCUGCUGUUUGUCUUCUUUCCACUGCCUACAUCUGCAGAGCAGAAAACCAUCACAGCUGAGUCUGGACAGGACGUCCCUCUGACAUGUCGAGCUCCAAAAAACAAAAACAAAAUCAUAGUUGUUGAGUGGAGCAGAGCUGAUCUGGAUUCAGAAUACGUCCUUUUGUACCGGGAUGAGCAGUUUGCUCCAGAAGAGCAGCAUCCAUCCUUUAAGGACCGGGUGGAUCUGCAGGACAGACAGAUGAAGGAUGGAGACGUGUCUUUGAUCCUGAAGGAUGUGACGACUGCUGAUAGUGGAACAUAUCAGUGUCGUGUCGUCCUGGGAGAUAAAAAACACAGGAGCAGAGCUCACCUGAAGACUCACCCCAUCAUCACCAUCAACCUGAGAGUUGCUCCUCCAGGUCCAGGAGGAUCUGUUGGUCUGAUCGUCGGUCUCUCAGUUGCAGCUGUGCUCCUCAUUGCUGCUGUUAUUGGUUUGUUGAUCUACAUAAAGAAACAGAAAAAAAAGAAUCAGGAUUCAAACCAGCCUAAUGCUGAAGUGUAGCCUGUUUGACAUGUCCGAGCUUUUCCAGCUGAUCUCAGUCUCCUUCUCAGAGCUGAUACUGAGCAUUCAGGGGAAAGACAGAUGAGGAUAUAAUGAAAUUAAUGUCUGUGAGUGCUUUAAUUUGGUGCUAAGAUUUUCUUCUUUUUCUUUUAUGCAAAAAAAAAAAAAUCAACAAUAAGGUGAGGAAACGUUUUUAGUUUUAAUGUUUAAAUGUCUAUUAAAAACUUUUUGUUUUUAAUAUCUGAAAAAUAAUCCAAAGUCAAAGUUGUGCCUUUAGCUCCAUGAAAACCAGCUGGAAGUCUUCGUCCUGGUUUGAAGAGAGGAGUUUGUUAAGAACAAAAAACAGAAGAAAAUCUGAUGAAUUAUAAACAUGUGUUCAUGCUGUGAGGAGCGACUGUAGCUGCUGCUUUAUGUGUGACUGCUGCCUCCUGCUGGGCUCUUUGAGUCUCUCUUUAACUGCAUCCAACGAUCUGCUUCAGCUCAAAGAGACGAUUAAACCCUCGUCUCUGAAUCACAGAAGAAUCUGAAGAUUA